UUCUCUUCCUAUUUUGCCUACGUCACCAUCAGGUGCUUACGAGGUAAAUCCGAUGUUCUGAGUGUGUGCACCUUUGUCUUGGCUACAUCACGAGCGGUGUGCUCAUCCGGGAGAAGCUUGAGACACUGAUAGGUUGCAUCCAUAGGAUACGCCCACAGGCGUAGAGCAUCUCCAUGGAACCCCACAAGCACGACACACCCUUCUCGUUAUUACCAAGGCGGUCCUUACCUUACAUUUCAAACCCGCCACAUCUAUUAAUGGUUCCGGUCAGAUCUUAAGCAAUGCGCUCAACCCGUGAGUCAGGCUGUGACAGACACAUUUGAUUUCUGCGGACCGCUUAUCCGCUGGCAACUAUACCCGGAAUCGAUGAAAUAAAUUCAUGGUCUGGAAGCACGUAGGCAUUUAAUAUGACUUGUCCCAGGCUCCCAAGACUGCCCGGCAUCAGAAAAGAUUACAAAGUUGUGACAAGCGGACCGUACUCUAUUGUUCGCCACCCAAGUUAUACUGGUCUCCUUCUCCAAAAUAUUGGGACCAUCAUCAUGUACGGAAGCCAAGAGUCGUGGAUGAGGCAAUCUGGAAUUCUUCAAGUGUUAUGAUCGGAUUUUGGAUUUCCAAGAGCUGGCCUGCAGUAGGGGAUAAGAUGCUGCAGCGUACUAUGGGAGAAGACUGGGAGAAUUGUGCGAAUUCCAGAAGAUGAAAUAUCGAUCACUUCCUGGGGUCUAUUAAUUAUAUGCGUACCGAGUGUUCUGUUUGCUUCUUGUACCAUACUGGUGUUUUAUAGGAGUUGGCUGUAUAUUAUACGUUACAGUGCAUCAGAACAUUAUGAUGGAAAUGGU